AGGCACCGGCCGGCGGGCGCGGGGAGCGGAGAGCGGGCCGCGCUGGCCUCUUCCGAGCCGCCCCCUGCCGCGGCCGCCGCGCAUCGCCCGGCCGGAGUGCGACGCGGCUGCCCGAGUCCGGACGCCGGCCCCGGACGCCCCGGGGACGGACGGGCGGCUGUGGACGCCAGCCGGCGGCAUGGAUUCAGAUUCAGGCGAGCAAAGCGAGGGCGAGCCCGGGACCGCCGCAGGUCCUGAUGUUUUUAGUUCAAAGAACCUUGCCCUUCAAGCCCAGAAGAAGAUUCUGAGCAAAAUAGCCAGCAAAACUGUGGCCAACAUGCUGAUUGAUGAUACCAGCAGCGAGAUCUUUGAUGAGCUCUACAAAGUCACCAAAGAGCACAUACAUAACAAAAAGGAAGCCCACAAGAUCAUGAAAGACUUAAUCAAGGUGGCAAUCAAAAUCGGGAUCCUCUACCGGAACAACCAGUUCAGCCCAGAGGAAGUUGUGAUAGUGGAGAAGUUUAGGAAGAAGCUGAACCAGACUGCCAUGACCAUCGUCAGCUUCUAUGAGGUGGAAUACACCUUCGAUCGAAACGUGCUCUCCAAGCUCCUACAUGAGUGCAAGGACCUGGUGCAUGAACUGGUGCAGCGACACCUCACACCCAGGACCCACGGGCGCAUCAAUCAUGUCUUCAACCACUUUGCCGAUGUGGAGUUCCUCUCCACCCUUUAUAGCCUCGAUGGAGACUGUAGGCCCAACCUCAAGAAGAUCUGCGAGGGAAUCAAUAAACUGAUAGAUGAAAAAGUCCUUUGAAUGCCUUCUCUCCUCCUGGACUUCACUGCAUUCAUGUCAUGGCACCCAGCGUGUUCCACAUGAGAAUCAGGAAACAAGAAGAAACCCUUGUCAAAGAUGCCUGUCUGUUUUGUUCAUCCCUCUGAUGUUGAUGCUAGAUUGAGCUCAGGUGUGUUUAUCCUCUGAGCUAUCUGCUGAGGUAUGUACUUAAAAUCUCCUUUGUUUGCAAGCCCAAAGGACGUCUUCUCUCUCCUGAGCAGAAAAGCCACCCUGCUCACCAGGGUGGGCCCAGUUCACCUUGUGGAGUGGAAGCAGCCCUGGACCAGGGGUCAGAGUACACAGAUUUGGUUCCCACUCCAUCAGUUAUGACUUUGUUCUCUGGAUCCUGGAACCACUGUGCCUACAUGCCUACCUCCCAGGGUUGCUGUGAGGAUCAAGUGAGACUAUGUUCAUGCUUUUAAUAACUCUAAUGUGAGGUCUUACUAGUUUCUCUUUGGCAUGUUGUGGAGACCAACCUGGAUCUAGACUAUCAGGCAGUGGAGGAAAGAACAAUAGUUUCUAACAGGCUGGGUUUGCAAUCUGUGUCGAGAUGCGCUGUUUCAAACACACAAUUUCAUUCAUAAAAAUGAAUCCAAAGGUGUGAAAAAGUAUAGCAGCAAAGUGGAAAAAUGUUUUUCAAGUCUUAGAUGUGCAGGUUUAUGGUCCUGCAGGGGGGGAGCUUUCUGGGGGGUAGGGGAGUAGAGAGAGAGUCUCCCACCCAUGAGGAAGAAGCAGAGAAGAACUGUGCUCACCCUGCUCCUGCAGGACGGGCCUUCCCCAUCUAAGGGGCACCAUCAAAGAGGCACAGGGAAGGUUUAUCCCUGCAUGCACAGGAGAGUUGGGCUGAAUGAACCCCUGUCUGUCUUUCUUAGUCUUUCACAGUCAUUUUGUGCUGUUUAUUCUGGUUUGUUAAUAAAUUGGAAUUAUCCUUCAAA